AUGGUUGAAUAUGGUUUUUGUAGCAGAACUAUUCAGCAAUUUACAGUGGAGAGAGUCCUUAUUUGCCUCUGCGCGGUUCUUCCAUCCGAUUCCAAUUUCGCCUUCGUUGCGCAUGGCCAAUCUCAACUAAAGAUCUUGACUUUUCAGGACAUUGGGUCAACACGUAUCGAAAGGCUGCGGGUGACAGGACAUUGGGUCAACACGUAUCGAACGGCUGCGGGUGUCAGGAUGUUCGCAACCAACGCUGGACGUGCUGCCAGCCGGUCAGAUCCGAUCGCUGACAUUGUCAAACUGUCGUAUAUCAACGGUAGACCCAAAGGUUUGCGGCCAGAUAUCUGGGUCAGGCUAGCUGUUGCGAAUAGUCGCCAAUGGGCCGAGCACAGCGGCACUGAUAUCAGUGAAAUGUGUCGGGAUCAUCAAUUGUCACUCGUCACUGAACACUCGGUAAACAACUCCUUUUCGAAUAUUCGCCAACAAGAACUGUACACAUUGGAACUACUGCGCAUCAACGAGUCUAAUAUGAUUACAAGGGAGAGAGUGGAAUGUGGGGCAGCGAAAACAGAUGGUGGACGACUGUGCCUCAAAAUGCUAGCUGUUGCGAAUAGUCGCCAAUGGGCCGAACACACCGGCACUGAUAUCAGUGAAAUGUGUCGGGAUCAUCAAUUGUCACUCAUCACUGAACACUCGGUAAACAACUCCUUUUCGAAUAUUCGCCAAGAAGAACCGUACACAUGGGAACUACUGCGCAUUAACGGGUGUAAUAUGAUUACAAGGCUGAAAGAUAUUCCUGAACAUUCUUUUGACGGACUGCCGCAGUUGCGCUUUUUGCGAGCUGAGCAGAACCACAUCUGCUCCUUUUCACCGAAUGCUCUGGCGGAGGUUAAAGGGAACCUUGAGCUGCUGGAUCUGAGCGGAAACUGCUUUUCUGCUAUCCCAGCACAAAAUCUUCGAAACAGUGUGAAAUUAAUGUAUCUUGACCUCUCAGAUAACAAGAUCGGUGAGGUAAGGUUCUUACUGACAUAAAU